AUGGCACUCGUGGCACCCGCCGACUGCUGCUUCCAGGAGCUGCAGUUCGCGCUGGCGAGAGCCAACGCCCAAGUGCAGGCCACCACCAACGUGGCCGAGAAGCGGGCCGUGCGCGCACUGAAGAAGCGGCUGCAGGACCGACUGUACCAGCGCAAGCACCGCGCCAAGCGCGAGCAGAAGCUGCACGCGCUCGAGCGCGACGUGCAGGCGCUGCAGAGCAAGAUCGCGCGGCUGUACCGCGACCUGCAUCGCCGCAAGGUGGCGGCGGCCAACGUCGAGGCGCAGCGCCGCCAGCAGCAGCAACCGUGCCCCGUCGGGUCGCUGCAGGACCACGCCAAGCGCGUCGUCAUGCAGUUCUUCCACGUGUACCAGAACGGCUACUCACUGUCGCUGGCCGCGCUGCAAGAGCGCUUCCUGCGCUCCGUGCUGGCCACGGACGUGGAGGGCGUGGACCUGCGCGGGGCCGACGCCUUCGUGCAGCAGUGGCGGCUCUGCGACCAGCACUUUGCGCUCUACAUCCUCGAGCCGCAGGUCUGGAAGGCGCAGGACGUCGGCCACUCGGUCAUGGUGGAGGUCGAGGCGAUGAUCUACCUGCGCUUCCAUCGCCAGACCAUCGGCAUGCUCUUCCCGAGUCUCAAGACGGGCCAAGUGGAUCCGGAGCUCGUGCUGCCGCUCGUGACGGGCACCACCGCCGUCGCGGCCACCUACACCUUCGUGGUGGACCGCACGGGCUACGUGAGCAGCCUCAUGGUGAGCGUGCAGCUGAUGGACACGCUGCGGCGAGUACUCGGCUCGCUCGCGAACGUCGUGCAGCUCACGGACGGAUGUCGGAUCGACCUCAGCAGCGGCACCAUCACGAUCGCGUAG